GACCUCGCCCGACUUGUACAGCCAUAGCGAUACAGGUAUCAAACCGCCUGCAACCAUUGAACUAGUUUCGAUCGGCCGGCCAGGAAGUAGCUGCGUUCAGCUUGCCGCAACGAGCCAGCCUAGGCGGUACGAUCCGCCUCACCUCUUUAUACCCGGGUCGCCCGGACUGUACGAGAUAUGGCACAACCUCCCCACACUCCCGCUCAACCUCCCAAAAGGUUUCUUCCAGCUUUGGUUACGGCUCCAGAGAGUAGCAAAGUUGGUGUAUCGGCAAACAUGGAUGCUACUCCGAGCCAAGUACAGGCUUUCGAAGAGUACAAGCGAAGGCAUUCAAAACAGAAUCGAGAUAUCAUCAAGACAAAUGCAGAUCGGGCUAUGCGGAUACGAUGCCUAGAGGACGAGAACACGCACUUGCAAAUGGAGAUCAUCAAUAUACGACACGAAAAGUCGAUAGUCGUUGAAGAGUUACGCAGAGAGAAAGAAAGGGCCAACAAGAUUCGUAAUAACCCGGAUGUCAAGCAGGCUCUCGACGUGCUCCUCCUAGCCAUCCCACAAAUCACCCAACUGAGGUCUCUCCUAUCAUCCUCAUCCUCGUCCUCAUCAUCACGUCGCUCAAACUCCCAACCUUCUACUUCCUCGGACCCAUCUGAUGGCAGGUCAACAAACACGCGGACGAGGUCGAGAGGUCUAGAACCGGCUACCAAAAAGAUCGAGGUCCAGACCUGGUUGAAUCGGCCAGCAAUCGUCAAGGCAGGGAAGCCGACGUUGGAGAACUUGGCAGAGGGUAUCGAGGAAGCCGGGGAGGACCUGAAGAUGGUAGAGAUGCUGGUUGAGGAUGCGGUCCCGGCGGAAAAGUCGAAGACGGUCGACUCGAGCUUACCCGGUCCGGCUGCCAAAACCCUGCCCAUCAAACCAGCGGGACGUCGUCAAAGCGGACUGUUCCGACCAGUAGCCGAUGAGGCCUCGAAUCCGUUCGACCCAGCCAGCACAUGUCCUGCCGAUAUCCCUCUUUCAAACGACAUCUUCGACGUACGAACUUCCCCUACAAAAAGACCCGACUCACAGACGUCUGGGUCGACUGUCAAAGCCAUGAACCAGGAGCCCGCUAGGCGAUCUCCCCGGAAAAAGCCUGUGAAGAAGAAUUAUGCGGAUGAUGAGCGAGACGAAGAGGUCAUGCCGGUAGAGACCGCCACGGUCAAGGGAAAAGAAAGAGCUGUGGCCUCGCCAACCAAAGCUGCGAUCAAGAAGCGACGAUCGCUGAAACCUGUUGAAGGCGGGCUUGCUCUGAGGUUGGAAGCACCCGCCGAAGCAGUGGAGUUCGUGGAUGAGAGCGACAACAAGGUCGGUGUAGAUCUUCUCAAUGAGCUGCCAAAGAGGGGCACAAGAGAAGCAACACCCCCGCUGCAAUUGCCGGCGGUACACGAGCAGACUCUGAUGCGUAUGGCCAAGGCGGCGAGUGGACCCGCAGUCGCCCCAGUCUUGGUGGUGACGAGCUCGCGAUCGACAGAGCUUGAAAUGCAGGAAGAGGAAGAAGCUGGAGGCAGGCAAAGGAGAGCAAGAAAAAGCGUCAAUUACAAGGAGCCCAACCUGCACUUCAAGAUGCGCAAGCCCGAGUCCGUCUCAAACGGUCACUUGUAUGUGUCAGGUCCUUCGGCUACGAGCAGUACGUCGCGAGCGAGAAGCUCCACACCAUCGAAUACGCCCGGUCGUAAAAACACCACAGCUCUGGUACUCGACGAGACGGAUGUUCCGAAUGUUCCCAUCGUCCCGGUCGGGUUGAGAGCCGAGGCAGGACUGAAGGGGGACGGACAGUACGGGUUGAGCAAUCUAGAAUCCGUCAGCACUGGAGUGAUGCGACGCAAAAGCGUCUUGCCGAAAUCGAGGAGAGUCGAAGCGCUAAGCGAGAAUGCGCAAAAUGACGAAGGCAGUGCGGGAGGCAGUGAUUACGAGCUCCCAAUGAUGAAGGAUCAAGGUGGGACGCUGGGAGGAGAAAUCGAAAAGAUUUCUUCCCGACGUCGGGCACGGUUAGGUACUCCAGAGAACGGCAGCGGUGACUCGCCAUCUCGUCUCCCACUUCAGCCCGUACUCAAUUCGAGCCAGGGCUCGGUGGAGAGGCCGCCCGAUCUCCCCAAAACAGACGACGGCGUGGCGCGACGAGCGAGACGGCGAUCUACCUUGUUUCAGACCACGAUCGGCGAGGUUUGAGGACAAAGGUCGGCAGAAAACUGUACACGUGUAAAAGAACCAAUAACGACACCCUGCAGGGAUA